AUGGACUGGCGCACGUGGCGGCAAUUGGCCCACGGUGGCCAUCGCGGCGGUUGGCAGGCAGCUGGCCUGGCACCACGAGAGCCAAGACAGGCCGCUUCGGUUCAGGGUUUUUCAGCCAAAAUCCUCCCCCUGAAUGUAGUGAGGUUCAGCGGCCUUCCGGAGCUGGAGCAGUGGUGCCUCCGAGACCUCAGGCAGCUCAAAGCUUCGAUUGGAAAAGUGGCACCAUCCGCAGCUGGCGCUUUCUCGGAGGAGAUGCUGGAGGCAUCGUGCAGCAGGCUCCUGGAUGCUGCAGCGCAGGAGCUCUGCGUGCAGACCAUGACCGAGGUGCUCAUGGAGCAGAGGCAGCAGGAGGAGAUGCUGGAGGCAUCGUGCAGCAGGCUUGUGGAUGCCGCAGCGCAGGAGCUCACGGUGCAGACCAUGACCGAGGUGCUCUCAGAGCAGAGGCAGCAGCUGGAACAGCAGCUGAAAUGCGGUGCAGAGCCCGCUCCUGCUGAGCCCGGGCCGUCUUCUGGGUCUUCCGCUGCCGCGCAGGCUCCUGCCGAGGAUGCUACAUGUGAAGAUGCGCCGGCUGAGACAUGGUUCAAAUUGGUGCCCAAGUCUUCUGCUGAGGAUGUCCCACUGGUGAAUGGCUGGAAGCAGUGCUUGGCUGGCGCGAGACCAUAUUACUAUAAUGAAGAAGCUCGUACAGUGACCUGGAAGCGUCCAGCAUUGCUGAACUCGAUCAACCCCUGGCACGUCGAGGGCGCAGACGUAAUGGCAGCGUCAGGAUGGAAGCUCUGGCACGUCUACCAGACGAACGAGAAGUUUUGGUACCAUAAAGAAAGCGGGCAUACGGCAGGCUAUGACGUCUUCGCUCCGGAGGUCGAGGCUGAGGCCGCUCGCCUGAGAGAGGCUCGACGAGCUGCCAAUUUAGCUGCCGAUGCAGCAGCUGCCGAAGCCAAGGCCAAGGCUGCCAGCGCUGGCACUCGCAAGAGGAAGGCCCGCUAG